GGUCAUGUUUUCCCUUUGGGCGAAGAGUUGCGUUGACCUCUAAGAGUUCGCGUUUUGCUCAUGUUGCUCGUUGGGAGGUCAACCUAUUGCAACGCGCUUGUCACAAGGCUUGGCGGACCUGUAGACGUGUAACUCGUAGGCACUUUUCUCGCCAAAAGGCACGCUAAGAAUCACAAUAUCCACGAUGGGCGCACCGCUCCCCCCCUCAAGACAGCUAAAAGUAGCGAUUAUCGGCGGCGGGCCCGCCGGCCUCGCGGUAGCGAUCGAGCUUGGCAAGCUAGACUUCGUCGACUGGAAGCUAUAUGAGAAGAAACCCGCCAUCAGCGAAAUCGGCACCGGCAUCACGAUCCAGCGCAAUACGUGGAGGAUGCUCGAGCUGAUGGGGGCAGCUCGGAAUCUCAGUGCGGGAGACUUCUUCAGACCGGAGAGCGGGCACGAAACUCAACAUCGAAAUGGGAGGACCGGCCAAUUGAUCGGUCAACAGAGACCCCGCGCUGACACGCCUCUUCACCGGCACCCCUGCCGAGUCUAUCGGGCCAAGCUCCAGCAGGCCCUCUUAAAAGAAGUGGAUCAUAGCCGGAUCCGUGUGGGCAGGAAGUUGGUCAGGGUCUCCCGCUUGGGAGAUGAGAAUGAGAAACUCCAGCUAUUUUUCGAAGAUGGCUUCACCGAUGAGGUUGAUAUCCUCGUUGGCGCAGACGGUAUUCGGUCGGUCGUCCGGAACUUUGCAUUCCCCGAACAUCGCAUAAAGUACACGGGCGCGAUAGCGUACCGUACGGUGGUCCGGCGGGACGAGGCGAUGAAAAUCAAUGGCCUUGUGCCCGUCGCGACCUUCUGGCACGGCACCGACGGCAAGUGGAUCUACACAUGCCCGCUAGACGAGCAUGACUUUGAGAUUACCACUAGGGCCAAGAGCCCGGCUACAGCGCCGGCUGGAGACGAAAAGGGGGGGGAGCACGUGAGCUGGGGCCGCGACGCGCCCGUCGAGGGCUUUGUCCAGUUUUACCGCGAGAUGGCGUCGCCGAUCCGCCAGCUUCUCGGGCUGGCGACGUACGUGCAGCGGUUCGACCACUUCGCUGGGCCCUGCCUCCGGAGCGUCGUAACCGCGUCGAUAGCCCUCGUCGGCGACGCCUCGCACCCGCUCUCGGGAGCGUUCGGGGCGGGCGCCGGGUUCGCCCUGGAGGACGCCUACGUGCUCGCGGGCGCGCUGAGGUGGGCGCGGGGGUCGGGGCGGCCGGCAUCGGGCGGGCUCGACCUAUUCGACAAGGCGCGUACGCCGCACUACGCUGCGUUGUUCGGCCUCCUAGACGAGUCUGCGCAGGCCGAGCGGGAGAUGGCAGCGCGGGGGCCCGUGACCCCCGACGACGAGAUACGACACCGUGUCGAGAACUCGUUCACGUCGGGUCGUGAUUGGGUAUACGUGUACGAGGCCGACACCGCUCUCAAGGAGCUUAUCGAAGAGGUAGAGGGACGCAGCAAUACGCUGUCAUCGGCCGAGCCUUCAGCCAGCAGUGCGAAGCUAUGAAAGUGCUGGUGAGGUUUCCUCGAAAAUCGACCGCUCAAAGGACCACAUUGGGUGUUUUUGAAUGGAGACACUUCUACGAGGAGUCUUGCUUCUUGCUACCGCGUCGGUGUGGUUUAUGGUGGGCGUGCGCCAGACAUGGUGCCGUUAGGG